CUCUGUGUGUGUGUGUGGUGCAAGUUGGGACAAGGCUGGGUGUGUUCCUGGAGUUGCGGCGGUGUGAAUCAUAGUGUCUUCGUGAUUGCUACAACUAAAUUAUUUUGUGCAGACAGGAGGGCAGACUGUAAUUAUACAGGGGGUCAGAGUGUAGAUGACCAUCUGACAAAAUUAGUUCUUGAAAGGAUGCUGCUGUUUUUCCUAGGAUUUGCUGUGGUGGGAGUAUCCCUGGGUUACAUAAUUGUGUGCUUCUUCAUUCCCUGGCUAGUACAGUUCAGUGGCCCUUCUAUCCUGAUUUGGAAUGAAGUCAUUCUGGAGCCUGCAAUGGACUGGCUUAAAGGAUCUUCAAAACCCCAGCGUAUGCUCAGUUAUGUGCAGAGGUAUUCAAAGAGAGGAGAUCCUGACAGCGUUAUCAGCACUAUUGACAUCUUCUGUCGCUCCAAGGAGUGGGCAAUGAAUGUUGGUGAUGAAAAAGGAUUGAUUCUGGAUAAGCUGAUUUGUGAAGCAAAUCCUUCAAUUGUCCUAGAGUUGGGUACAUACUGUGGAUAUUCAUCCUUGAGAAUAGCUCGCCUACUACGUCCUGGAGUACGCCUUUACACAAUGGAGAUUAACCCUGCCUAUGCUAAAAUUGCAAAGCAGAUGAUUGCCUGGGCUGGACUGGAGAACAAAAUACAAGUCCUAGAGGGACCCUCUGGUGACCUGAUUCCACAGUUAAAGAAAAAACAUGCAAUUGAAAAGUUUGAUUUAAUUUUCAUUGACCACUGGAAAGAUCGCUACCUUCCAGAUACCAAACUCCUUGAGGAAUGUGGCCUAAUUGGAAAGGGCACAGUCUUGAUAGCAGACAACGUCGUUUUCCCAGGGGCACCAGAUUACUUGGAAUAUGUGAGAAACAGCCCCCACUACAGCAGCCAAUACUUCAAAUCCCACCUGGAGUACAUCAAAAUUGAGGACGGCCUUGAAAAGUCAGUUUUUCUUGGAUAACAACUUCCAGAGACAGCCUCCAUUACCCAUAACAAUAUGUUCUUAAGCUUUAAUCUUUUAUAUGCUUUUAAUAACUGUUUUUAAAAUUCUUUCUGAUAAAACGUGCAAGUUGUAAUUUCAAUAGAUCUGAAUUAACUUUUUGUCUUUUAUAUGAGGGUAUUUGUUGUCUGCUCAUGGUAUUCUUAAAAAAGAAGACUAACAUCAAAAUGGUGGCUAAUGCAAAGUUAAACACCCUAUUGUUAUUUUACUAAGUUCUGUAUUUUGCAUGUUAUACAGUAUUUUUUCCUUUGUUGAGUAGUAAACUGGUAAUAAUUGACGUUUUUUCUAUCAGCAUUUAACUUUAUUUUUGUAAUUCUAGUAAUGAAAGGCAGUGUACACUUUUAUGAAAGCUAAAGAUGAACUGAGAGCACAGCUAGUUUGCUCAUACAUAUACCACAGGAGACUCACAGGAGACUGUGUGGCAGCUCACAGAAAUGAAAAUUUCUUGCCUGAAUCUGGAGAAUUAUAUUUUAUAGUAAAUGUAGAUAUUUCAAAAUA